AUGUCUUCGCAAGUGUCCAAGCAGACCAUUGUCCUUGUUACAGGCGCGAAUAGGGGUAUGUUUUUUUUCUUUGUGUUUCGUUGUUGUGGGGUGAGGAGAGCGUGGGAGCACGUGCUCGCUACCCCUUUUCUUCAUUUUUCCCCACCGUUCUCGCACCAUUCUUCCACCAUUCCACCAUCUCCUCUCCCUGCCUCGCAGCACCAAUUAACACCCCCAGGAAUCGGCCACGGCCUCACAUCCACCCUCCUCCUCCGCCCCUCCCACACCAUCAUCGCCACAAUCCGCAACACCUCCACCCCCACCGACGACCUCCUCGCCCUCCCAACCGGUCCCGGCUCAAAACUCAUAAUCGUACACUUCGAUAUCCCAACGAAUGCAGGCGCGUUGAGAGCCCAAGGAGAGGGGUUGAAAGAACAGCUGAGAAUGGAAGGUGUGAAGUGGAUUGAUACCGUGGUUGCGUGUGCGGGUCUUGGGGAUGGGUUUCAGAGUGUGAGGGAGACGGGGUUGGAGGCGUUGAUGGGGGGGUUUUGGAGUAAUAUGAUGGGUGUUUUGGUGCUUUUUCAGGGGUUGAGGGGGUUGCUUGUUUGNGAGGGGAAAUUCAUCCUGAUAUCUAGUUCGCUGGGCUCGAUUGGUGAUAUGGAAGGUGCGAUUCCGAGUUUGGCGUAUGGGAUAAGUAAAGCCGCAGCCAACUAUUUAUUGAGGAAGAUUGCUUUUGAGGAGGUGGGUAUUGUUGCUAGGGCUGUACAUCCGGGGUUUGUUCUUCCUGCCUCUCUUCGUCUUAGGGGGAAAGACUGAUUGGAAGCAGAUGGGUAAAAACGGGGAAUGGACAGCGUUUUGCUGAUAGUAUCGGGGUUAAAGAGCCGCCUAUGGGGGUGGAGGAGAGUGUUAAGGGGGUUCUGGAACAGGUUCGUUGGUGUCCUUUUGGUUUAUAUGUGGAUUUCUUGAGGUGUGACUGACUGAUGGGGGAGUGGAUAGAUUGAUAAUGCGAAUAAAGGGAAUACGGGCACUUUUGUGAGUUAUGAUGGGAGUACUAUUCUGUGGUAG